GGUGGUGAAGGAACGCAGAAGCAUGAAUAAACAGUCUGGCAGCGAAAGAUUCACGCCAAGGAAAAAUCUCUCCAGCUCUUCUGCUUUAAACCAGAGCAGCUUCAAUAGCCAUGGCAGUGAUACGUUGAUGGUAUCCACUGUAUUGGAUGAAUCUUCGAUUCAAGAGCAGACAAAAGUUGAUCAUUUCUGGGGUCUUGAUGAUGAAAGCGACCCUAAAGGUAGUGGUACUACACUGCUGCAAGGACAUGGCGAUAUAGCAACAUCAGAAAUGCAGACCACAGUGAUUAAUGGCUACACUUGCAAUGAGUGCAGCAUGCUUUCUGAACGGAAGGAGGUUCUUACCGCACACUCAGCUUCUCGUGUGCCAUCUUCAAGAAUUUACUCUAGGGAUAGGAGCCAGAAACAUACAUCUAGAGGAACCUAUUUCUACAUGAGUAAGAUUCUUCGAUUGGUCAAACAUGUUGCAGCAUCUUUUGCAUCACUGUUAGUGCAACUAUUUCAAAUGGUUUUGCUGAAGCUGGGUUAUGAAUUCAGAGCUCACUCGGACUACUGUGGAAGCAUGAAUGUGAAGGGGUCUUACAGAGAAGAUAGACAUCUUGGUGUAACUCAGGAAUCAAUAUGGAGGGCAGCUUCUGGCAUGUUCACCCUGCUUAGAACCGUGUGGCAUCAACUUGCUACUCUCAUGUCUUUGCUCAAGGUGUUCCUUCUUGGAAG